AUGGUCAGUCGGUUACCAGAAAUCAGCAUUUGGCAUGGCAAAUUGCUGUUUAUAAACCACUGUUGUUCAAGAAUCCCGGCAAAUCCAGAAGUUGUGCAAAUUGCUGCCCGACUGCAUCGACUGAAGCGUCGUCGGGUAGGCAAUAACACGCCCUCUCAUGGAUCGGCACCUGGUGGCUCCUCCCUCUCCGGUACUACCUCCGACGACACAUCCUCCUCCGUAGACAGUCAUGGAAUGCGCAAAAUCUCCGGCAGCCGGUUGCGUGGCCCUCGCCUGGGUCGUUCCUCCUUUGGUUAUCGAUCGGGCGCCUCUGAUGCUGAAUACACCUCGAGUAGCGAGCAGUCCUGUGACACUGUCAUCUACCUCGGUUCCAGACAGGAGCGCAGUCUCGGGAUUGGUGCAACCUCGGACAGCGGCAGUGAUCGAUACCGGCUUGGACCGCGUGGUCUCGCAGAUGGCAGCGCAGGCAGACGA